GUAUCCAAGAAGUUGUCCAUAACUACAUUUCAAAUGUACAUAUUCCUAUUGAUUCUCCUAGGGGAUUUUACCUGCGCUCUGUUAAUCUUCCUUUGAUCUUUACACCUUUGGCCUUAAUCGCGGCUGUAAAGCUAACGUCAUUUUAUUGGUUAAAGGGGCUAGCUAGAAUCAGGUUCAAACCUACAAAAAUCCCGGUUUGCUUAAGUCAUUGGGCCUGUAGCUUAAUGGGAAAGCUUCAACUUGUCAAGUUGGAAGAUGUUGGAUCGAGACCAACCAAGCCCGUUAAAG